AUGACCAACACUAAAGGUCUCCGUCGUGGUACUCGUUACAUGUUUGCCCGUGAUUUCCGUAAGCAUGGUACCGAACACAUGUCCACUUACUAUACUCAAUACAAACGUGGAGAUAUUGUAACUGUAAAAGGAAACGGAGCUUUCCAAGGUGGUAUGCCAUACAAAGUCUACCAUGGAAAAACUGGAAGAGUUUUCAAUGUAACUAAACGUGCUGUUGGUAUUAUUAUAAACAAACGUGUUCGUACAAGAAUUAUUCCAAAAAGAAUCAACGUUAGAAUUGAGCAUGUCAGACAAUCAAAGUCUCGCCAUGAAUUCCUUGACCGUGUUAAGAAGAACGAUGUCAUCAAGCAAGCAGUUAAAGAAGGAAAACAACCAUGGGUUGAACUUAAAAGACAUGCCGCUCAACCAAGACCCGGACAUUUCGUUAAAGUUAAACAAGCUCCAACCGUUUUGACUCCAGUUAAAUUUGAAAUUGAUGCUUAA